AUACAAAUUUGCAGCAGGGGAACAGCAUAGUCGUUUACUUCAUUUUUCGUCAUCUUCUUGGGCCUUGGAUAGUCAGAACUCGACCCGUUUGAGAAUCGGGUUUCAGAUGCAGAUUUGAGAAAACGUAAAAAAAUUCAGGGAAGGAAGAAACAUUGGUGACUUUGCAACAAUGGCGGAUCCGAAGAAGGAGGGUUUCUUGACCUACGCCUACAUUCUUCUCUACAUUGCUCUUUCCAGCGGCCAAAUUUUCUUCAACAAGUGGGUUUUGUCCUCUAAGGAAAUCAACUUCCCAUAUCCUUUGGGAUUGACUCUACUUCACAUGCUCUUCUCCUCUGUUCUGUGUUUUGUAUUAACCAAGAUUCUAAAGGUUAUGAAGGUUGAGGAGGGAAUGACUCCUGAAAUAUAUGCUACUUCAGUAGUGCCAAUUGGGGCCAUGUUUGCAAUGACUCUUUGGCUGGGAAAUACUGCCUAUCUGUAUAUUUCUGUUGCGUUUGCUCAAAUGCUGAAGGCAAUUAUGCCUGUAGCUGUAUUUGUGCUUGGAGUAGCUGCAGGACUUGAAGUAAUGAGCUGCAAAAUGCUUUUAAUCAUGUCAGUGAUUAGUUUUGGUGUUCUAGUAGCUUCUUAUGGAGAGAUAAAUAUAAACUGGAUUGGAGUAGUUUACCAAAUGGGAGGUGUUGUUGGAGAAGCUCUAAGACUUAUAUUCAUGGAGAUUUUUGUUAAGAGGAAGGGUCUUAAGUUGAAUCCCAUAUCUGUGAUGUAUUAUGUUAGUCCCUGCAGUGCACUUUGUUUAUUCCUUCCAUGGAUAUUUCUAGAGAAACCGAGGAUGGAUGAACAUGGACCAUGGAACUUCCCCCCUGUUUUGCUUAUCCUCAACUGCCUUUGUACUUUUGCCCUGAACUUAUCAGUUUUCCUUGUGAUUACACAUACGAGUGCUCUAACCAUUCGUGUUGCUGGCGUUGUCAAGGAUUGGGUGGUUGUCCUGCUUUCUGCUGUUCUGUUUGCUGAUACAAAGUUAACAAUGAUCAAUUUGUUUGGCUAUGCAAUUGCUAUUGGGGGGGUAGCAGCAUAUAAUAAUUUCAAGUUGAAAAAAGAAGCCUCUCGAGACACACCUGAUGCUUCUGAGCAUGAGUCUUCCCAAAGGCAAGAAGAGUCUCAGCCUUUAACAAGUAGAUAGUAGCAGUCUUUGAGUUACUCAAGUGUCCAUCCUGUAUUCAGAAGUUGAUGACAACAUAUAGUACAUAACGACACAGUUCCACAUAAUGUAGCAAAAGGGCAUCAAAUGUUCAUGUAGUAGAUAAAAGUAUAAGCAAGCAUUUUGGUUCAAUCUUCUAAGCAGUUUCAGCUAAUUUUAAAUUGGGAAAAGUAAUGUUCUGAAAUGUAGUACGUGAAAAUGUAAUAUACAAACUUUAUCCUUUAAAAUAGAGGUUGGCCAUGGAAUUUGAUUUUUGAGGAAUUUGACAUCGUUCACAUUUCUCAAUGAUUAUUUGUUUGAAGCAAUUACAACAAUCUUAGCGAUUCACUCUUUCAAGUUGGGUUAGUAACCAGGGGGUAUAUACUUGAGUUUGUUGCAUAGAUAAAAUCUUAUAGAAUUAAUUUGU